AUGUCUGUGUUUGCGUCUGUGUCUGUUGAUACGGAUAUCCUGAUCAUCGGCGCCGGAUCGUCAGGUAUUGCCUUUGCGGUCCAGCUACAGAGACAAUUCCCGGGUGCUAGUUAUGAGAUCCUUGAGAAGGCGAAUAAUCUGGGUGGGACGUGGUGGGUGAAUACGUACCCCGGGUGCGGAUGCGAUGUGGCGUCGCAUUUCUACUCGUUCUCUUUUGCGUUGAACCCGAACUGGAGCCGGAAGUUUGCGCCACAGAUAGAGAUCGCCGAAUAUUUGCAUGAUGUUGCGGUGAGGAAUGAUAUCCCGAGGCAUGUGCGUUUCUUGGCUACGGUGCAGAGCGCGGCUUUUGAUGAGGACUCGGGGACUUGGGUUGUGACUGUGCGAGAUGGGGUAAGUGGGAAGAUGUUUCAACGGCGUUCGAGGAUUCUGAUCUCGGCUGUUGGAGCGCUUUCUGUGCCGAAGAGUUGUGAGCUUCAAGGCGCUGAGAGGUUCAAGGGGAGAUUGUUCCAUUCUGCGCAGUGGGAUCAUUCGUUUGACUGGGCUGGGAAGGAUGUUGUGGUUAUUGGUAAUGGCUGCAGCGCCACGCAGUUUGUGCCUGUUAUGAGCGAUGGCCAUAAGAAGACCAGGAAACUGGUCCAGUUUAGCCGCCAGCCUCACUGGCUCGCGGAACGGCCGAACCCGACGUACUCGCGCUUUUUCAAAUGGACGAUGCGUUAUGUUCCUCUUGCCAUGCGCUUGUACCGGUUCUAUCUGUACGCCCUGAUGGAGAAGGAUUUUCUCGGCUUCUACCAGGACACUGGAGGUUCUAUCCGUGAGGACUUGAAGAGAACGCAGAUCGAGUAUAUGAAGAAGAAUGCGCCAGAGCGAUACCAUGAUGCCUUGAUCCCGCAAACUGAGAUCGGGUGUAAGCGCAAGGUCAUGGACACGGAUUAUCUGGCAUGUCUGCACCGGGAGAAUGUCGAGCUUGUGCACUCUGAUCCGAUCGAGGAGGUCACUGAGACCGGGGUGCGGACUCAGUCUGGCCGCGAGGUGCAGGCGGAUGCCAUCAUUCUCGCAAACGGCUUCCAGACGCAGCAGGUCCUGUUCCCCAUGGAGAUCACUGGGGAAGAUGGUGUUACCUUGAAUGAGCACUGGGACAAGUCCUCGUCCGGCUCAGCACAGGCAUAUUACGGAACCUGCGUCUCCGAGUUCCCCAACUUUUUCAUCCUGAUGGGUCCCAACACGACCACUGGUCAUUUGUCGGUUAUUUUCUCGACCGAGUGCGAGGUCAAUUUCACGCUGCGCGUUCUGCGUCCAAUCCUGGGUGCGCUGUACCCGUCCAGGAUCUGGUCGAUCCUCACCUAUCCGUUCCAGCGUCUUUUUACUCCGGCACCAAAUACCGUCACUGUAACACCUGCUGCAGAGCACGCGGAUAACAAUUGGAUCCAGGCCGCGGCCAGUAAGCUUGUCUGGGCGACUGGUUGCACCAGCUGGUAUGUCGACCCGCGGACGGGGCGCAAUACAAUGCUGUAUCCGGAUUGGCAGUUUAAUUUCUGGGCGAGGAGUAUCUUCGUGCCCCUGAAGAGAGACUUCGUGUUUGGGAGGAGUCUGGUUCAGUUAGCAGCGAAGGAGGAGCUGAAGAAGGAUCGUCGGAGCAGGCGCCUAGGUCAUGUGGCCUCGGGAUUGGGUCUGGCGGGUGUUGCAGUUGUGGUUGGCCUGAUGGUGGGAUUGCGGAUGGAAGUGAAUGACGUCGAGAUCACGAGAGAGCUCAGGAACGCGGUGGCUCGUGUACAGAGCGAGUGUGUGACUGGUCUCCGCAGUCUUCCCGUUCUGGCUGGCUGGACGGCAGUGUAG